CCUUUUGAGAGAUUUUUUGGGCAUUUAAAGGACAAAACAAAGAAUCGGGCAAGGCCGGAGGGUAGUAUCAUUCGGGGAGUCCUUGAGGAAGAGAUAUCUCAAUAUGUAGCUGAAUUCUUAACAAGGCUUGAGCAAAUAGGUCUUCCAAAAUCUCGUCAUGCAGGGAGGCUUGAAGGGCAUGGGGUAAUUGGUAAAAAUGUGAUCUCGCCUCCAUCUGAAAGGAAGAAUAAGGCACAUCUUUGUGUGUUGCAGCAUCUUACCGAGGUCAAUCCUUACAUAGAUAAGCAUUUGCUAGAAUUGCAACAAAAGAAUCCUAAGUUGAAGGAAAGAGCGUUGAUGCAAGAACAUAAUCGCACAUUUGUUGAUUGGUUUAAGAAGGAAGUAGCCGAGGAAAUGAAAAAAAAUCUAGAUGUUUCUGAAAUGGUCCAGUGGUUAGCUCGAGGUCCUCGACUAUGUGUUCUGUCUUAUGAAGGGUAUGAUAUCAAUGGGUUCACAUUCUACACUAGAAGACAAGAUGAAAAGAGUGUGGUGCAGAAUAGUGGAGUGAAGCAUGUUGCAGCAUCUAGGGUCUUUGCAAGCGCCAAGGAUAGAAGACCGGUUGAUGCGACACAAUCAUAUUAUGGUGUUAUCGAAGAAAUAUGGGAGCUUGAUUACAACAAAUUUACGAUCCCUGUAUUCCGGUGCAAGUGGGCCAACAACCAUAAUGGGGUGAAACAAGAUGAAAUUUUUCCUGGUUUAACAUUGGUUAACUUUGAUCGAUUAAGUGAUAGUGACGAGCCAUUCAUUCUAGCAUCACAAGCUAAGCAAAUUUUCUAUGUGGUAGACAAUGUUGAUCCUAUAUGGCGUGCAGUUGCCCAAGGCAAGAGAAAUAUUCUGGGUAUUGAUGAUGUUGUGGAUGAAGAUGAGUAUGACAAGUACGAUGAAACACCCCUGUUACCAACGGCUGUUCAACCGUUACCGGAGGAGGAAGAUGCAAAUAAUACUAAUCAUAUGCGCACAGAUCAUAGGGAAGGAAUUUGGGUUGUAAACCGUAAAUGAAUAAGAUGAGUUGGCUUCUGGGAAUAGAUGACUUGAGAUCCCCGAGUCAGAAAUUUUCAGAAGCUUUCGGUGAUUUGUGUCUUUUCAGAAGUUCUCAGAAUCGGAAAAUAAAGCACGUAUUUACUUUUGGAACAACAUAGGUACGAUGAAUGAAAACCAAAUUGUUGUUAGGCAUGAAUCAGAAGGUGGCAAGACUCCCACAACGCGUGACGAAUCACAAGAUGUUAGUACGAUUACAAAGACCAUUAAAGGCCGUGGUCCGUCAAAAGGUGUUAAAGUCGCUAAGCCUAUGUUCCUUGAGUAUAAUGUAUAUAAUGUCCCCGAUGGACAAUGGUCUCAUGAAUACGGGAAGCAAGUUGGGAGUUGUGCUACUAGAAUUAAUAUUAACGUCCCAUUAUAUCCAAAGGUAGAUGAGCAAAUCAAGAAGGGGUUUUGGGAGGAGACUAAGCUUAUGUUCCACAUUACUGAUGAUUCUAAUCAUUCGAGGGAGAAAUAUUUUCAUUCUUGUGUGGCGAAACGAUUUAGUUGUUUCAAGAGCAAGUUGGUGCGCCGAUGGAUAACUAUGAAGGAAAAGAAGCCAAAAAAUCAAACAAACAAGAUGCCUUGGGAUGUCUACAACCAUAUCACAGAGGAUGAUUGGAAGACUUUUGUUAAACAUUAUUUCCUGCCAGAGUCAUUGCUUCGUAGUGAAAAGGCGAGGAAAAGUGCAUCAUGCAACAAGAACCCACAUCGCACCGGCCAAAAGGGUUAUAAUAGAAAGCGACUAGAUUGGAUAAAGGAUGGACGACUUCCACCAGAUGCAGCUUUACCUAUCUCGAGUAGCUCCUCGGUGAACUCAUCAGUGACCUCAAAUGUUAAUAGAGUUAGAAAAUACAGAUCAAAGGAGUGGAUUUUGGCCCAUCAAGUACAAAAUAAAGAGGGAAAGUGGGAAAUUGACCCGAACGAUUCAGAAGUUGUUGAAAUCGCAACAAAAGCUUUAGAGUACAUCGCAGAAGAGGAAAAAGGAAAUCUUUCUUUCGAACAGGGUGAGGAUGCCCUCACUAAAGCUAUAGGGAAAAAAGAUCAUCGUGGGCGUGUCAAGGGAACAGGUGGCAUGGUUGGUAUCAAAAAGGCUUUCGGUCCGUGUAUUCGACAUAGUAGAAGUGACCAUGGUGAAGCUUCAUCAGAAAAUUACGAAUCAAUCAGAGCUUCUGUGAAAAAGGAGUUUGAAGGUGAAUUAGAGAAAAGGGUAGAGAAGAGGGUGGCAGAGGCCCUCCAAAAGCAACUAAGCACCUUGUUAAAAACAGGACAACUAAACUCCAUUUCUACCCCGAUACCUGAUGACCUCCACUUAAAUGAUUCUGCCAGAGUUGACCUUGAUGUUAGUGCUACAAGAACCACUCGUCACAUCUUAGUGCCGCAACCACGCGAGCUAAAGGAAAGGACUCCAUGUCGUCUUGCCCUUGAGGAGAAAGUUUCAGGCAACAACAUUGUCGUGGCGGAUGGUAUGGUACAACCCUCAGAUGGUGCAUUGCCCCAACAUUUUACAUCGAUGAAGCCUGGUCACUAUAAAGUCCAAGUUGAUUUUGUUUACGACGGACAUGUUGAUGAUAUUCUUCCGGUACCUACGGGAGAUGGUUUCACUAACUUAGGCGGUGCUCUGGGUAGUUUUGUGCAAUGGCCCAUACACUUAGUGAUUUUCGAAGACGGCGAGGAUUGUAUUUCACCUCCUAAAAAGAAGUCCAAGUCUAAUGUUUCUAAAGAGAGGGAUGGUAGCUCCAAGAAAAAGACAACGGUGUUAGCGGCCCAAAAGAAGACAACAGACUUACCAUCCAAGGUAAACCCUCUAAAACUCAUUCGAACCUAA